CACCUCCUCUGGCUCAGUCACACAGCUACGUGUAGGUGACUGGAGGUGUAUAGUUGUCCUCGCCUGGAUUGUGCUGAUGUGGCCCCAACCCUACCUUCCUACCCGUCCAGUGAUGUCCAAAGAAACCCAAAAGGGCAAAUUGGCUGAGGCCAAGGAAAAGUUGAGAGACUAUCAUCCCCAGACCAACCCUAGUGUUGGUAAAGGAGCAACCGACACCAAAAAGAAGAAAACAAAUAAUGGCACUAACCCUGAGACAACCACUUUUGGCGGUUGCCACUCACCUGAGGAUGAAAAGAAGGCAAGCCACCAACAUCAGGAAGCCCUAAGGAGGGAGCUAGAGGCCCAGGUUCAUACCAUACGAAUCCUUACAUGUCAGAAAAGUGAGCUUCAGACGGCGCUCUAUUACAGCCAGCAUGCUGCCCAGCAGUUGGAAGGAGAGUCCAGGGAUCUCGUGAGCCGUCUGCAUGAUUCGUGGAAGUUUGCCGGAGAGUUAGAGCGGGCUCUCUCUGCUGUCAUUACCCAGAAGAAGAAGGCGGACAGGUACAUCGAGGAGUUAACAAAGGAGAGGGACGCCCUGUGUUUGGAGCUGUACAGAAACAUCAUAACCGAUGAGGAGCUGAGGGAGAAGAAUGCCGAACGGCAAGAAAAACUUCGACUUGUAGAAUCUGAAAAGUCUGAGAUCCAGUUCAACGUAAAGGAGCUAAAAAGGAAGCUGGAGAGGGCCAAGCUCCUACUGCCACAGCAGCAGCUGCAGGCGGAUGCUGACCACCUGGGUAAGGAGCUGGAGAGUGUGGCAGCAAAGCUCCAAGCCCCGGUGGAAGAGAACGAGUUGUGGAACCGCAUGAACCAGCAACAGGAGGAGAAGUUGUGGAGGCAGGAGGAGAAGCUGCGGGAGCAGGAGGAGAAGAUGCGGGAGCAGGAGGAGAAGCUGCGGGAGCAGGAGGAGAAGCUGUGGGAGGGGCAGGAGGAGAAGAUGCAUGAGCAGGAGGAGAAGAUGUGGAGGCAGGAAGAGAAGAUGCAUGAGCAGGACGAGAAGCUGCGGGAGCAGGAGGAGAAGAUGCGGGAGCAGGAGGAGAAGAUGUGGAGGCAGGAAGAGAAGAUGCAUGAGCAGGAGGAGAAGAUACGGGAGCAGGAGAAGAUGUGGAGGCAGGAGGAGAAGCUGUGGGAGCAGGAGGAGAUGAUGCAGGAGCAGGAGAAGAAGGAGCAGGAGGAGAAGAUAUGGAGGCAGGAAGAGAAGAUGCGGGAGCAGGAGAAGAUGCGGGAGUAGGAGGAGAAGAUGUGGAGGCAGGAGGAGAAGCUGUGGGAGCAGGAGGAGAAGAUGCGGGAGCAGGAGGAGAAGAUGCGGGAGCAGGAGGAGGAGAUGUGGGAGCAGGAGGAGAAGAUUCGGGAACAGGAGGAAAAGAUGCAGAGGCAGGAGGAGAAGAUGUGGGAGCAGGAAGUGAGGCUGCAGGAGCAGGAGGAGAAGCUGCGGGAGCAGGAGGAGAAGAUGCGGGAGCAGGAGGAGAAGAUGCAUGAGCAGGAGGAGAAGAUGCAUGAGCAGGAGGAGAAGAUGUGGAGGCAGGAAGAGAAGAUGCAUGAGCAGGAGUAGAAGAUGCGGGAGCAGGAGGAGAAGCUGCGGGAGCAGGAGGAGAAGAUGUGGGAGCAGGAGGAGAAGCUGUGGGAGCAGGAGGAGAAGAUGCGGGAGCAGGAGGAGAAGAUGCGGGAGCAGGAGGAGGAGAUGUGGGAGCAGGAGGAGAAGAUGCGGGAGCAGGAGGAGAUGUGGAGGCAGGAGGAGAAGCUGUGGGAGCAGGAGGAGAAGAUGCGGGAACAGGAGGAAAAGAUGCAGAGGCAGGAGGAGAAGAUGCGGGAGCAGGAGGAGAAGAUGCGGGAGCAGGAGGAGAAGAUGUGGAGGCAGGAGGAGAAGAUGCAUGAGCAGGAGGAGAAGAUACGGGAGCAGGAGGAGAAGAUGCGGGAGCAGGAGGAGAAGAUGCGAGAGCAGGAGGAGAAGCUGUGGGAGCAGGAGGAGAAGAUGCGAGAGCAGGAGGAGAAGAUGUGGGAGCAGGAGGAGAAGAUACGGGAGCAGGAGGAGAAGAUACGGGAGCAGGAGGAGAACAUGCACGAGCAGGAGGAGAAAAUACGGGAGCAGGAAGAGAAGAUGCGGGAGCAGGAGGAGAAGAUGCGGGAGCAGGAGGAGAAGAUGUGGAGGCAGGAGGAGAAGCUGUGGGAGCAGGAGGAGAAGAUGCGGGAGCAGGAGGAGGAGAUGUGGGAGCAGGAGGAGAAGAUUCGGGAACAGGAGGAAAAGAUGCAGAGGCAGGAGGAGAAGACGUGGGAGCAGGAAGUGAGGCUGCAGGAGCAGGAGGAGAAGAUGCAGGAGCAGGAGGAACACCUGAAAGCUGCCAUCCAGCAGAACCAGCAGCUGCAGGCCCAGUUGAGCCUCAUGGCUCUCGCUGGGGAAGGAGAUGGACUGGACAGGGAGGAGGUGGAGGAGGAGGAGGCUCCUCGGCCCAUGCCAAGCAUCCCAGAGGAACUGAAGAGCCAGGAGGCCAUGGUGGAGCUGGUGUUUCCGCUUGUGGGUGACGGUAACCAGGGGCAUGGUGGAUUGCAGGCAGCUGCCCAGAACCCUGCUGAUGAGUCCGCACCAGGGACCCCAGGCCCUCAGGAGCUUGGAGCUGCCGACAAGCAGGGUGAUCUUUACAGCAAGCCCUGCAUGCCGUUCUUCUACCGAGGAGACCACAAGAAGGCAAAGAUCAUAAACAUCUAAAAGCCGGCAGCAAGGCCUGGAGAAGAGUAAGCUGCCAUGUGACUGUUUAGAAUAUAGUCUGAGCACAAACCUGAAAAAAAAAAAA